UGUCAGCUGGCGUUUCCGUUUGGGUAAAUCGAUCUCUCACCCUUCGGCCGGGGAUUGCGGGCUUCAACUUGCAUUUAGAUCGCUGUAGUGCAUGCCCAGCUUGCAGCCAGCGAGACACUAACAACUUUGUGUUGCUAGCUCCAGACAAGGCCUACGUUGAAGAUGGCCAGAGGCAUCCUAAGCUCAAUAGUCGGAACACUGACAACUGCGCUUGUACUGCUGACUGGCAGUUGUUCUGCACAAUCAGAAACUGUUGUUGAUUUGUUGGAUCCUGCUCCAUCGGGACAGGGAAUUACCGAAAUCAGAGAUUCGUACUGCCGUCAGAGGAAUGACAUAGCCUAUCGACUUGCCAGUGACGCCAUGUUGCAACGACAAGUUAGAACGGAGUUUCCAUCUGGAUUUCCUGGAGACUAUUCUGUUUUGAUUACCGCUCGUCCUCGGAAUGCAAAUAAUGCUGCUCUUCUUGGUGUUAGCACUUCUGUUGGAAGGACUUACAUGAGUAUUGAAACAGGUGAAAAUCUUAAGUUUACACAACAAGAUGGAGAAGCAUCGUUCAAUGGCACUGCUUUACGACCUGGACAAUGGAGUAGAUUCUCGUUUGCCGUUAGAGGCAAUCAGGUUACUUUGUAUAUGGACUGUCGACCUAUCCGAACAUUACCACUGGUUAGAGGCAAUGGUGCUGAACUGAGGGACGGUCCUAUUGUAAUUGGGAGGCUGUUACAAUCAGCUGCAGUGUACCUAGGCGAUAUUCAGGAGAUGAAAAUUGUUGACAAUCCUGUUGCUGCUGCUGAACACUGCACAGCAUACAUGCCAGACUGUUCACCCAUUGAUGAAAAAGAUCCAGGUCUUGUAGUUCCACCAGAACAAAGACCAGCAGGUAUUGGACCAGAUGGAACACAAAUAGGACCUAUUCAGGUUCCCGUUGAUGAAGACAUUUUUGGUAUUCAGCAAGAUCCACUCGAAGUCAUGAUUGGUGCAAAAGGUGAUAAAGGUGCUAUUGGAGAUGAAGCCCGAGGACCUCCUGGGCCACGAGGACCUGAUGGAGCUCAUGGGAUCCCUGGCAGAGAUGGUGAAGAUGGACGUCCUGGACCUCCAGGAAUGACUGGAGAUAAGGGUUUGAAAGGUAACGAAGGAAUUCCUGGCAAACGUGGUCCAGAAGGACAAGUAGGACCUGUGGUGAAGAUGUCUUGGCAAUUUGUGGUUGAAGCUGCAUCUAAAGGCCCUGUUCCAGGAUUAGCUGACAUGGGUGACCCUGGUAUGGUUGGAAACGUAGGUCCUUAUGGUCCAAUGGGUGACCAGGGCUCUCGGGGUGUGCAAGGUCCGCAAGGACCAAGAGGUCCACCAGGAGAUCGAGGAAUCCCAGGUCCGCCAGGUCCAGCUGGACCAGCUGGUAGAGAUGGCAAUACAGGUUUUCCAGGCAAGCCAGGAGAGCAGGGUCCAGCCGGAGCAGUUGGAAAAGUUGGUCCCGCUGGAUUUGCUGGACUUGUUGGCCCACGAGGACCUCCAGGAACACUGGGUCACAGAGGAAAAAAUGGAGCAGCUGGUGACCAUGGAUCAUUGGGACAGGCUGGCGAUCGAGGAGCAGACGGCUUGCAUGGUCUACGAGGCCCGGAGGGUGAUCCAGGUCCUCUAGGGCCUACUGGUCAAAGAGGUGUUCCAGGAACUUUGGGACCUGCUGGUGCAGAAGGUAAGCAAGGAUCAACUGGAGAACCGGGCCCACAAGGACUACAUGGACCUGAGGGACGAAAAGGUCGGCCAGGAGAUCAAGGGGCUGCUGGUGCUCCUGGUGUGCUGGGAAAGAGUGGAAUUCCAGGUGAUGCAGGCCAAUCUGGUGAAGAUGGAAAACCAGGCCAAGAUGGAUCAAGGGGCGUCGAUGGAGAAAGAGGAACUCCUGGAUCUACUGGUGAUACUGGCAUAAAUGGAAUUCCAGGUGAAUUAGGUUUGCCAGGCAGACCAGGACCUGUUGGUGAACAAGGUCAAGUCGGAUAUCUGGGUCACAAAGGAGGGAAGGGUCAACAAGGUCUCUUUGGCCAGAAAGGAAGCAAAGGUUCAUCUGGAGAAAUGGGAGCACCAGGACCACAAGGUCCAUCAGGUCAGGAUGGUGCAGAUGGUGUCAGAGGACCAGCUGGUAAUCCAGGGAAUAGCGGUGAACUAGGACCCUUUGGUCUCAAAGGUCCCACAGGUCCUACGGGAUUGCCAGGUCUUCCAGGAAAUUCGGGCCAAAAGGGUGAGAAAGGUUACCAAGGUCGCAGUGGUAGUGUUGGUGCAACAGGUGCUAAGGGAAGAGAUGGAAUUGAUGGUGAUGCAGGUCGUUCUGGUCGUCGUGGGCCACCGGGAACAAGAGGAGAGCAGGGAGAGCUUGGAGAACGUGGUCCAAAGGGUGUUGGUGGUACUGCUGGUGAACAAGGUCUGCCUGGGCCACGGGGCUUGGGUGGAGAUAUGGGACCAAAGGGAUUGCAAGGAGGUGUUGGAGAAGCUGGAUCACCUGGCGUUGAUGGAACUAGUGGCAGUGCUGGAGCUCAAGGAGAGCCAGGUAUACCAGGAACGCCAGGUUCAGCUGGCGCAUCAGGUGAACGUGGCACAAGGGGUGUUGCUGGUGAAAGAGGUACUCCUGGAGAAGCUGGUGAACCUGGCAGAAGAGGUCCUCCCGGUGGACGGGGACAUCCUGGCCAACCUGGAAGGCGAGGAGAUAGGGGUAUUGCAGGUGAUCCUGGGCAAGGCGGAACACAAGGACAAACUGGAGAUCAAGGAUUUAUAGGACCAUAUGGCCCACCUGGACCUCCUGGAGAUCCAGGACCAAAAGGACCAUUGGGUGAUCCUGGAGUCGAUGGCUUUCCAGGAGCUGAAGGUGAACGUGGUGAAAUAGGAGCAUCUGGUCCAUUAGGACCACGAGGUAGUACUGGUCCUCAGGGCCUUCGAGGUCCAACUGGACCCAAAGGAGACAGUGGUGAUGCUGGAGAACCUGGCAGUGAUGGUACACCUGGUGAACAAGGAGCAAGGGGAGUUUCAGGACCUCCUGGUGAAAGUGGCAAUCGUGGUUUGCCUGGAGACAAGGGCAAUACUGGUACGUAUGGAGGACGAGGUCCACGUGGAGACAAUGGAAAACCAGGCGGUCCUGGUGGUGUGGGCUUACCAGGUGAUGCUGGGGAAGUUGGACCCAUUGGAGAGCCAGGUGCACCUGGUUCUGGUGGUGCUUCAGGAAUACCCGGAAAUCGAGGUUUGGAUGGAGACCAAGGUGAACCCGGGAUACCUGGUACACUAGGCUCAGUGGGAGCUAAAGGUGGGCUUGGACGUUCUGGAACAAGAGGAGCUAAGGGUCAGCGGGGUCUACCUGGACCCAUGGGUAAGAGGGGACCAAAGGGAGUUCGUGGUCCAAGAGGAAGUUCAGGAAGGCAAGGACCCCAAGGGCUAGCUGGACACGACGGAGACAGAGGUGAUGCUGGUGAACCAGGUCCUGUUGGACCAAUUGGAUCACCCGGGGAGAGAGGGAAGAAUGGAAUCCCAGGUGAUAGAGGAGUACCUGGCAUACGCGGUCACCAAGGAAUACCUGGUCCGCUUGGUGGAGCUGGACAACCUGGAGAAAUUGGAGACCCUGGUCCUGUUGGCGUUCCUGGUGAUCAAGGUCUUUUAGGUCUUUCUGGUCCAUUCGGCAAGUCUGGCAGGAAAGGCGAAGCAGGAGAUCCUGGAGUGCAAGGCACAAGGGGCUUACCUGGAGAGAAUGGCUUCUCUGGUCUCAAAGGUGCUCGUGGUCCACAGGGUCCACCUGGCUACCAAGGCCCUCCUGGUCCACCAGGAGAAGUUGGAGAAAAUGGUGAAAUUGGAAAACCAGGUCCAACAGGAGUUCAAGGACCUGAUGGAGCACCAGGCAAUGCUGGCGAAACAGGUCAAAAGGGUGAAUCAGGUUUUAGUGGAUCAAAGGGUCAACAAGGACAGAAAGGAGGCUCUGGAACAGCAGGAUCAUCAGGAGCAGAGGGUCGAAGAGGACCCGUAGGUGAACGAGGUGCAAAGGGAGAAAGAGGCGAUUAUGGUAAUCCAGGAAGAAAGGGACCACUUGGCCCCCAGGGAGAUCCAGGAUUUGACGGAGCAGAAGGACCUAGAGGAAAUCCUGGUCCAAAAGGUCCAGUUGGUGAUAACGGAUUAGCUGGUCUCGAGGGUCCACAUGGAGUUGAUGGUAUUCCGGGACCAGAAGGUCCUGAAGGCUCAGUUGGAGAAUCUGGCGUGACUGGUGAAGAUGGCCCACCUGGUCCUGCAGGAAUACCCGGACCACCAGGACCUCCUGGACCACCUGGAGUCUUGAACCCACUACCACCUGAAUUUGAUGCUGCUGCACAUCACGACAAGUCCAAACAGCAGAGUCAUGAGCAGCCUGCUGAGAGUGACUCCUACCGACGAAGACGUCAAACUGAUGAGACCUUGCAGUCUGUUGAUUUGCCAUCACUUUCUGAUGAUCUAGAUAAAUUGGAAAAUGGCGUGCAAAAUUGGAGAACUCCUUUGGGAUCCAAAGAAAACCCUGCACGGAGCUGUCGUGACUUGCUGCUUUGCAGCUGUAGUAGAACAUCCGGCUCAUGUAUUCAAGAAAACAGGGUGGAAAUAAUAGAUGGUCACUACUGGGUUGAUCCAAACCAAGGGUCAAACUUUGAUGCAUUCAGAGUGUAUUGCAACUUUACAAAUGGUGCAAGGACAUGUCUGAAACCUGUUAAGACUAAGGUACCACUGAGGAAGUGGCGUAGACCUAAUCAUUCUGAAUUGUUUCACAGCUUUAGGAAUCUAGAUUCGGGAUCAGGACAGCAAGGAUUCGAAUUUACUUAUCACGCAAGUCAUAUACAGCUAGUGUUCCUUCGUCUUCUUAGCACAACUGCAAGCCAACGUUUUACUUUUCGAUGUGACAACACAACUGCCUGGUACAGCUAUUCCAAGGGAAGUUAUGAAAGUGCCAUACGAUUUGAAGGUGCGAACGGAGAGAAGUUCAGCCUUGAUAGUAAAGACCGACCAAGAGUUUUUGAAGACAACUGUGCUCUUCCAGUGAAUGGCGAAUCAAGCACUAGAUUUGAAGUUAGAGCUGACGAUACAGAAAAAUUGCCACUUGUAAACUUCGAAGUAUCUGAUUUUGGCAAUGCUCAUCAGAAGUUUGGAUUUGAACUGGGUGAAGUCUGCUUCGAGGCAUGAACUGUGUGUUGAGAUCAACGUAUUCUGGGAUAUACUCUUUUGCAUUUUGCAAUAUAGUGGGAACUGUGCAAUACCUAGAGGAUAGAGUGGGAUAGCUGCACAGCAUCUUUGUCAAUUUCGUCCUUUUCAGUCCUUGAUUGUUAUUGCGUUCUAUCUCCCCAUUACCAGAUUGUCUCUAGAUUAUUAUGUAGAGUAUGUCAAUUGUCACUGUGCAUGCAUGCACGUUUCUCUCAGAUA